AAGCAGAUAGAGUUGUGGGAACAGCAGCGGCUUCUCCUAAGCUGAGGGGGUCCACGUGCCCCACCCAGGCAGCCUGGGACUGAUAUUCAUCACCUGUCUGCAGUGCCCUGGUGGAACCUUUACACCAUCAAUGAAGUCCACCAAGGACUAUCCUGAUGAAGUGAUCAACUUCAUGCGCAGCCACCCACUCAUGUACCAGGCUGUAUACCCGCUGCAGCGGCGACCCCUGGUGGUCCGCACUGGCAUGCCCUACCGCCUCACCACUGUUGCUGUGGACCAGGUGGAUGCAGCUGAUGGGCGCUAUGAGGUGCUUUUCCUGGGCACAGACCGCGGGACAGUGCAGAAGGUCAUCGUGCUGCCCAAGGAUGACCAAGAGGUGGAGGAGCUCAUGCUGGAGGAGGUGGAGGUCUUCAAGGAACCAGCACCUGUUAAGACUAUGACCAUCUCUUCUAAGAGGCAACAACUGUACGUGGCCUCAGCUGUGGGUGUCACACACCUGAGCCUGCACCGCUGCCAGGCAUAUGGGGCUGCCUGUGCUGACUGCUGUCUCGCCAGGGACCCCUACUGUGCCUGGGAUGGCCAGGCCUGUUCCCGAUACACAGCAUCCUCCAAGAGGCGGAGUCGCCGGCAGGACGUCCGCCAUGGGAACCCCAUCAGGCAGUGCCGCGGGUUCAAUUCAAAUGCCAACAAGAAUGCCAUAGAGUCUGUACAAUAUGGUGUGGCUGGCAGUGCGGCCUUCCUUGAGUGCCAGCCUCGCUCACCCCAAGCCACUGUUAAGUGGCUGUUCCAACGAGAUCCUAGUGACCGGCGCCGUGAGAUUCGUGCAGAGGACCGCUUCCUGCGAACAGAGCAGGGGCUGUUGCUUCGUGCCCUGCAGCUUGGUGAUCGCGGCCUCUACUCCUGCACAGCCACUGAGAACAACUUCAAGCACAUCAUCACGCGGGUGCAGCUGCAUGUACUGGGCCAGGACGCCGUUCAUGCUGCCCUCUUCCCCCCAUUGGCUGUGAGCGCCCCCCCACCCCUUGGUGCAGGCCUCCCCACGCCUCCUUACCAAGAGCUGGCCCAGCUGCUAGCCCAGCCGGAAGUGGGCCUCAUCCACCAGUACUGCCAGGGUUACUGGCGUCAUGUGCCCCCCAACCCCAGGGAGGCUCCAGGAGCAUUCAGGCCUCCUGAGCCCCAGGACCAGAAAAAGCCCCGAAACCGUCGGCACCAUCCUCCAGACACAUGAGGCCAGCUGCUGGAGGCCUGUGUAGGGCCAGCCUAGCCCUCGUUCCUUUUAAUAUAAAAGAUAUAUAUAUAUAUAUAUAAAAUAUCUAUAUUCUAUACAUACCCUACCCCUGCAAAGACAGUAUUUAUUGGUGGGUUGUAUAUAGCCUGCCUCAGUGGCAGCAUCAUCCAGAACUUAGACCCAUGCUGGUCAGCAAUGGCAGAUGACUGAGCAUGUGCAGCCAGGCCCAGUGAAUUGACAGGGCUGGGCCAGGACCACACAGUCCCCAGACUCCGCUGGAACUCUUGCUCAACAAGCCGCCGAGAUCUACAGAACACAGGGAGGGAGCAAGCCCUACUUGCCAGGGCAUGGACCAUACACCUUUGCUGAUGUGUGUUGUCAGCUGUGUUGUGGCAUAGAUGUGGACACCAGGACUGCUGUGGAGUCUGGGGCUGGGGACUCAGGGCACUCAAAGAAGGGAAGAAGGGGCCGUUAUAGGGAUAUGGGCCCUUACCUGGGUCAGGGGAGCUCAGGGGCCAGCCCUUCCCAGGUAUUUAUUCUCUAUUUAUUUGGGACAGAUAAAGAGAAGUGUGCCUGGGUGGGGCAGGACCUUCUCCCCUUCUUUCCCUGCCUGCUCAGGUAGGGCCAACCCACUCUACCUCCUUAGCUUUUCCUGUGCCACCUUGACUCAGAUGGGGAGAGAAGCAGUGGGGCCUGAUACAGGCAGGACUGAGAGGAGCUCCCCAUCCCUGAGGAUAGAUGGGCCAUAGUAGAGGUCUAGGGCCUAAAGGGGCUCCCCAGGGCUCCCUUCUGCUCACCACUUCAAGUGAUGGGUGUAAAUAGCUCUGGGGGCAGUUGGGUAGAUGUGGGGGGAGGAGCUCUUGGAAGCCCUCUGCUACCCAGGCCACAGCCACUCUUGGGUUCCAUCUUGCUAAUAAACACUGGC